CAAAUUUUAGAUGAAACGAGCAGGACCUACAGAUGAAUUGUUCAAGAAGUUGACUUUUGGCAUCAAGAAAAGUCGGCUAGAGCAAAGAAAGGAAGGAACAGAUCAUGGCUUAUUGCUCAAACGGAUACUGCCAGAUAAUUGCAAAGAAGGAUACAAGCGAAAUACAAGAACAAACAACGAGGCAAGCAGUUUAAUAACAUCCGGCGAAGGACCUGUAAUUCUUGGAGGACUUGAGAAUGUUUCAAAAAAGAAAAAAUGCAGAAGUCUGGCUGUAAAGAGAGAACAGAUUGCACAUUUACGCAAAUUAAAUCGCAUCUUCGUUUGGGGCAAUAAUAUACCUGAUCCUGUGAUACAUUUUGCCGGAAUCGAUGGAUUACCGCGAGAACUUAUCAGUAAUUUAGAAGAAUUUGGUAUCACGGAACCAACUCCAAUUCAGAUGCAAGCCAUUCCAGUAAUGUUGCAGAAAAAAGACUUAUUAUGUAGCGCUCCGACAGGGUCUGGAAAGACAUUAGCUUUCGCUCUUCCGAUCAUUUUUGAUGUUGUACGCUGCAAAAGUCAUACAGCAGAAGAUCAGUAUCCUAUGUUAAAUGCUGUGGUACUUGAACCAACUUAUGAACUUGCUAAACAGACAUACAUCCAGUUCCUAAAAUUUUCUCAGAACCUGCCUGUUUCAUGUUGUUUCUUAGAAGGAGACGAAAUCCCGGAAAAUGCAAACAUAGUCAUUUCAACACCAAAUAAACUGGUUCAUGCUUUGAAGAAAAACAACAAAAUAUCGACUGGAUUGAAUUGGCUUAUUAUUGAUGAAAGUGAUCGACUUUUUGAUACUACGGAAGGAAAUGACAGAUGUUUUAGGAAUCAGUUUGCCACGAUAUAUCAAGCAUGCAAUGGAAAUUCUGUGUGUCGUGCUUUUUUUAGUGCAACAUUUUCAUAUGAAGUUGAAGAUUGGUGUAAAAGGAAUCUCUGUGAUAUGGCAAUGAUUUGUAUCGGCUCACGAAAUUCAGCAGUUAGCAGCGUGAAACAAGAGCUAAUUUUUGCUGGAUCGGAGCAUGGUAAAAUUAUAGGUCUAAAAGCAUUAUUUCAAAACAGUUUCGAACCUCCGGCGCUCAUUUUCGUGCAGAGUAAAUUGCGAGCAAAACAGUUGGUGCCAGUCAUCGAAUCACUUCAACCGCCAAUCCCAGUAAAAAUGAUUUCAAGUGAAAAGACAGAGACUGAGCGUGAGUCUGCAAUUGCCGAAUUUCGCAGUGGACACAUUUGGGCUUUAGUUUGUACUGAUUUGAUGGGUCGCGGAUUGGAUUUGAGUGGAGUAAAUCUAGUGGUCAAUUUUGAUCUUCCAACAUCGAUUAUCAGCUAUAUUCAUCGAAUUGGUCGGACAGGACGGGCUGGGCGAAAAGGACAUGCAGUUACAUAUUUUACCGAAAGUGAUUUGAACUUCAUUCGUCCAAUAGCAACAGUCAUCAAGCAAGCUGGUUUUGAAGUUCCAGAAUAUACUUUAAAGAUGCGAAAGCCAACAAAGAAAGAGAAGAAAAAAUUAUUGAGACAUGCCCCAAAACGAAAAAAUAUUGGAUUUGUAAAGAAAGCAGACGAAAAAAGAGGGAAAGAUGAGAAAGAGCCAAGACGAAAGAAGGAGGCGGUUACUUAG